GCUGCAGAGCGAAUGUCUAAGAGUCCUUUUUUAUUUUAUUUUUUUAAUCAAACCUUUUCUUUUCUUAUGAACAUUUGAUCCUCACACUUGACCAAAACAGGAUGUUGAAGCUGUGUCAUGAUUUUUUUCAACAAAGCAACAUUUCCUUCAACAAACGGACACAAAUUAAAACCCAGACUUAAAGCUUGGGCUGCGGCAGCAGGUUGGAGCAGCAAUCUGCUAUGAAUGGUCAAAGCCAGAAAAUUGAGAAUGGCGACAGACCUGCAGAAACCAGGAGAUGUCUGGGCUUCUCAGGGCGCCACAGCCUGUUCCUCUCUCUUGUUUUUGGAGUUAUGCUUUUUUUCUACUUCACUAAUAUGAGGGGCAUGUCGCCUGAAUGGAACCCCAAACAGUGGAUGCAAAGUCAUUCAACAAAACUUUUCAUCCCUUUUAGUAUGCAAAGUAAAACAAAUAGUUCCAGAUCUAAGGGGAAAGCUGCUGGUGCUUCUAUUGGAUUGGCACAAGAUGCCACCACAGCCAGACAUCCACAACUUCCAUCAUGGUUAACAGAGAGGAUCCUAAAAGCCAAAGCUGCCUGGCAGACAGCGGCUCCUUAUGUGACUCGUGGACCGUACUUGGUAGAGUAUCCCUAUGAGUACCACUUUACCAUAAACGAGCCUCAAAAAUGUGAGCAGGAGAAGUCAUUUGUGGUUCUUAUGGUACCAGUAGCGCCACAUAAUCGAGCACACCGUGAUGUCAUCAGAAGCACCUGGGGGAGCGAGAAGAUGAUUGAUGGUAAAGCAGUGACCUUGUUCUUCUUGCUGGGGAAGCAGACUGAAAGUGAUGCAGAGCAGGUCCAUCAGCAGCUUGUGCAGGAGAGCAAAGACCAUCAUGACCUCAUUCAGAGCGACUUUGUGGACUGCUACAAAAACCUGACCAUAAAGACCAUGGUGAUGCUGGAGUGGCUGAACUCUUUCUGCUCCAGCGCUGCGUACACUAUGAAAAUCGAUUCUGACAUUUUUCUGAAUGUUCCUAAUCUUGUCACCAUGCUCCAAAAUGCUCCAAGGACAAACUACAUGACCGGCUUAGUGGUAUAUGAAGCACAGGUCUUGAGGGAUCCCAGUUCCAAAUGGUAUGUGCCCAUGAGCAUUCUCAGUGAUCCUGUUUAUCCUCCUUACGCUUUGGGUCUGGGUUACAUUUUGUCUUUGGAUCUCACCAAAAAGCUGGUUGAAGCUUCCCAAUAUGUGAAAGCUUUUUAUAUCGAAGACGCAUAUUUAGGCUUGUGUAUGUACCACCUGGGUAUCCGUCCAGUAGACCCCCCAAAUGAGUUCAGCUUCCACGUAUUUCCUCUCAUAUACAAUCGAUGUGAUUACUCCAAGGUAAUCGCCACCACAGUUCACGGAUAUGAAGAUCGUGUGAGCAUUUGGAGAGACAUUAAAAGACCAGGUCCGCACUGCUGAUAGGUUAAAAAUGUAGGAGACAAAUGAAAUUAGAUUAAAGCAAAAUUAGUACAACAUUUUAUAUUUAUGCUCUUUGACUAGGAAAAUUACCCAUUGUUCCCAUUUAACCUUAAUAUCACUGUACCUGUUGUUACUUUUUUUCUGUUUGGGUUAAAAUCAGAAUAUAGUAUUUAUAUAUUUUAUGUUAUUUUAUUUAUAGAUUUAUAGGGUUUUAAAAUGAGGAGAGCAAGGGUCCUAACAAUAAAUUCAUAAGAAAUGUAACCUCUCUCCACAAAUACAUCUUCAGUUUCUUUUUAAAAAAAAAUGGCCAAUUGGUAAUGGCAUAGAGGUUUAGGGUAGAUGGUUCCAGAAUGUGAAAACCUGCAACCAUCUAAAAAUCCAUAGCGUUUAGUUAUUGUCUUUGUAACAUUCAAUAAAAGCUGAAUUAAUGAUCUUAAAAAACUGCCAUGCACAUAAAAAACCUCAAAAUUCAGACAAUUAAAGAGAAGAGAAACCAUGGGAGAGAUUUAAAAACAAACUGUAAAAAGAAAGACUGCAGGCAAGUGACAUACAUAUAACACUUUAUGUCAAUGCAAUGUAUUUUUCAUGUAAUGUUUCUUUUUUCUCUUUCUUUUUUUUUUGUUAAUGUGUAUUACUUGAAAUUGCCUUGUUACUAAAAGGUGUUGCUCAAAUAAACCUGCCCCGCCUUGGCUUGCCUUCAGUUCAAAAUGAUAUGACUCAAGCCGGAGAAGAAAUAAUGAUGCAGAACUAGAGCAGACCUGAUCCGCCUUGUGGCACAUCUAUGACGAGUCUUGAGUAAUCCAAAGUCUAAGAUUACAUACUGGAAACUCUCAGCUGAAAGUGCAUAUGUGUUUAAAAACUGCUGGGUGAUGUUGAAAAAUGAAAAACAUACAGAUUCUUUUGGCCCUUACAACUGAAGAAUAUGAUUAUAAGAUUUAAAGUAAUAAAAAAAGCAAUCUUGAUAUGAAUCUUGCAGGUUAUAAACAAAAACAAAAAAGCUUAUCCUCUCAAAACCCCAAAAGCAUUACAUAUAAUAACUCAGAAUGCAUGAAAAUACACUGGUAAAAUGUUUACCAAUAUAGACAUGUUAGACAUCAUUGGAAAGCUUAGAUUCUCCACAA